UCCUUAUAAAUUAUCUAUAGACCUAUGUCUAAUUAUUAUUAUUUUGUUCUAGAUGUAUUUCACAUUUACCAAUCAAGGGGGUGGAGGAAAAAAAAGGGGGCUACCACCACCCAAUAACAAUAAAGAUAUAAAAAAAAAAUUUAGAGGUGCUUGCAAUCACUGUGGCCAAAAUGGCCACAUAAUAAAAUAUUGUCAUGUAAAAGCUGCUGGUCUGCCUCCUGUCCAAAAACCAAAAUGCGAAUAUUGUGAUCUCCCCGGUCAUACGGAAAUAGAAUGUCAUGUCAAAGCAGCUGGAUAUCCACCUAUGGCAGAGAUAUGCAAAUAUUGCCAUUUCCCCGGGCACGGGGAACCGGAGUGCCACAUUAAAGCAGCAGGAUUGCCGCCGCUAACAGAUGAAACUCAAAACAACAAAUAA